CGUGGAAAAUUAAUUUUAGACAGAGGCUUAUCUGAGGGAGUAGAACAGUUACCUCCCCCAGUAACAUCAUAUCGCGUGGAAUAUUUUAUUUCCAAGGAAACUGAUUACUUAUGGGCGCUGGCACCUUCCCAGCCAGAAGCUGGUUGACUUGUGGCCGCGUUGGACCUGCGAAUGCUUCUCACUCCAGGAAUCUCAGCUCCUCUUCUGCACCACUCUCUGUCUCUCUUUCUCUACAAAUUCCUUUCUUUUGUUAUCAUUAUCACAACCUUCCUCUCAUCGAAUUCUCUCUCUCUCCAAAUUCUCGCUCUCUGAUUUCUAUUUCUUAACCCCCCAUUGUUCCAUUUCACUUGAGCCAUGGCCGAUCUCCUCAUAACCAGCGGCCUCCUAGACCAAGCCUGGAUCGGUGCCCAAGUCCACUCUGCCUUCUCGAUCUUCAACCUUCACACCUCCCCCUCCUCUCCCCCCAUCAUCUCCUUCUCCCCACCAAAACCCACCUCUCCCCACUCUCUCUCUCCUCUUCCCAGCAACACUCCACUCUCUUUCCUCAACCUCCAAACCCACAGUGACCCUCCUCUCUCUAUCUCCAUCAACUCCGCCGCUCUCUCUCUCUUCCAAUCCAUCCCACAUGACCAGCUCUUAGCCGAGGCCACGCAGCAGCACGGCCACGGUCCGCUCCUCAUCACAGGGCAGGGCCUCGGUGGUGCGGUGGCUGCACUCUUCGCUCUGUGGGCCCUGCAGAAAGGUAUCCAUGUUCUAUGCAUCACGUUCGGGUGCGCCCCAAUUGGCAACGAAGGCCUGGCACGCGCGGUGGAAUCGCAAAAGCCCUGGGCCUCGCGGUUGAUUCACGUCGCCGGUGUGCCUCGCCCUCGGGCCGAGGGGCUUUUUGGGGAGUUUUUGCUGUGUGGGAGGGAUGGGUAUGCUUUGAUUGAGGGCCAUGAAUUUGCAUCAAGGGCCAUGGAUCUCAGCAAUGAGGUGGAUUUGAGUCAUGGAGAAGAAGACUAUGGAGUGAUUAUUGAGCAGUUGAGAGAGAGAGUUAUUUACAGGGGAGGAGAGGUGGAGGGUUUGGAUGAAGGGUGGUCGAAGGUUAGAGUUGGGCUGGGGAUUCAGCUUAAGGAGAUCGGGAUCAAAGGAGGAGAGGGACGAGACACCCUCUUAACGGCCAUGGAGAAGAGACAGGAGGACUUGAACUCCAAUCUGGUUUUCCACCCCUCCAAGAAAUUGAAUUUGAUGAAGAUGAAUAUGGCGCAGCUUGAGUGGUAUAUUAAGCAGUGUAAGGACCUGGAUAUGGGCUACUACGAUUGCUACAAAGAUUGGACAUCGCGCCCAGACCGGGACGCCACCAAAUACAAGACAGAACUCGCAAACUACUGGAAAGAGGAGGUGGAAAAGGCUCAAGCAACAAAUGUCAAGCUUCGGAUUGCUAUACUCUUUGGAGGAACUAACUUUCGUCGGAUGGUCGAGCCCCUUGAAAUUGCCGACUACUAUAGGAACGGUAGAAAUAGAAACUACGUAAGCGAGGGGAGACCUCAUUACUAUGCUGUCAUAGAGGGAUGGUUGGAGAAGGGCGCCGACUCCGAGAGAAACAGCAAAGGGUCCUUGACACAUGACUCCUGUUUUUGGGCUCAUGUCGAGGAGGCGAGGCUCAGGGUGGCGGAAGUGAAGCUUGAUGGGAGUACGAGAGAAGAGCAAAUGGCCGAGUUAAAAGCCUUUGAGGACUACGUUAUGGGAUUGAUAAAGAGAUGUGAGGUUUCUUGUGAGAUAUUCUUGCAAAAGAGCAGCUUCAUGAGCUGGUGGAAAGAUUAUGAAGGUAUUUUGAAAGUGGGUUAUAAUUCACCUCUUGUUACCUUCAUGAAGAAUCAGGAUUACAAGAAGUACAUUUGAAAAAUGCAUGCAUGUAAAAUGACAACCAGGGUUAUCCAUAUAUGUAACGAGAGAGAGAGAGGGAAGGUUCCAAUACCUGUUUCUCAUGUGAAGGGCUUUUUGUAUCUGUUACUUAUGUGAGAGCUGAUUGUCCUUCUGUAGAUGCAUAAAUUCAGAGAUGUUAAAAGUAAAGGGAAGGUUCCGAUACAUGCUCCUGUGUGAGUGACUUCCCAUACCGGUUACUUGAGUGAGGAGCUGAUUGUCUCUACUUUUGUAGAUGCAUAAAUUCAUUUUUCUGUAUA